AUUAGCCAUUAGUUAUGGUUAAUUAAACCAAUUUCCCAUCGCAUGUAUCAUGUAACCCAAAGAAAUAAAAGAUGUUUUGUUGGCUAAAUUGAACCUUCUCUUGAUCCUUCUUGUUGAUGUUUCUGAAUCUUUUCACAGAAAUUUUUGAUCUUGAAUUCUUGAUCAUCUCGGCUUUAUCUUUUGCCCGUUGGCUCUGAGGCUGAAACUAAUUAUGAGGCAAGAACAAACGAGCAAUCUGAAGUUGGCUUGACCUAGAGAGAGCUAAUGAUCCCCCAGAUUCAUUGUACAAGAACUAAUGGUGAUAGAUUUUGCUCGUGUGUAAAGAGUUAAUGGGGAAUCAUUGUACAAGAACUCCUUGUUGUAGAAAGGUGUGGUCAUGUAUAUGCUGUUGCAGUAGAAAGAACAAGACUCAAGCUUGGAGCCAAAAAGGGUCCGGAUUUAUAAAAGGGAAGGUCCAUCCCGUAAGUAGAAUCGAGAAGUGGGAGGAGAAGAUGACAGAAGCUAAAAGGAAUGGCAACAUUCUCGUAGUGAAUUUCAAGGCUUCAUGGUGUUUACCUUGUAAAAAGCUAGCACCAAUAUACCAUGAGCUUGCUUCCACAUACACAUCAAUGAUAUUUGUCACUAUAGACGUCGAAGAGCUCGCUGAGUUUAGUAAUGAAUGGAACGUGGAAGCAACUCCAACAGUAGUGUUCCUCAAGGAUGGGAGGCAAAUGGAUAAACUUGUAGGUGGCGAUGCUGCAGAGCUUCAGAAGAAAACUGCAGCAGUUGCAGAUCUCCUUCUCAGACAAUCUUAACUGUAAUCUAGUUUCCAU